AUGCCAUUCCUCGGGCAGGACUGGCGGUCCCCGGGGCAGAGCUGGGUGAAGACGGCCGACGGCUGGAAGCGCUUCCUGGAUGAGAAGAGCGGCAGCUUCGUGAGCGACCUCAGCAGUUACUGCAACAAGGAAGUAUACAACAAGGAGAAUCUUUUCAACAGCCUGAACUAUGAUGUUGCAGCCAAGAAGAGAAAGAAGGACAUGCUGAAUAGCAAAACCAAAACUCAGUAUUUCCACCAAGAAAAAUGGAUCUAUGUUCACAAAGGAAGUACUAAAGAGCGCCAUGGAUACUGCACUUUGGGGGAAGCUUUCAACAGGCUGGACUUCUCAACUGCUAUUCUGGAUUCCAGAAGAUUUAACUACGUCGUACGGCUGUUGGAACUGAUAGCAAAGUCACAGCUCACGUCCCUGAGUGGCAUCGCCCAAAAGAACUUCAUGAACAUUUUGGAAAAAGUGGUACUGAAAGUCCUCGAAGACCAGCAGAACAUCAGGCUAAUCAGGGAACUGCUGCAGACUCUCUACACGUCCUUAUGCACACUGGUGCAAAGAGUCGGCAAGUCAGUGCUGGUCGGGAACAUCAACAUGUGGGUGUACCGAAUGGAGACGAUUCUACACUGGCAACAGCAGCUGAACAAUAUCCAAAUUACCAGGCCUGCCUUCAAAGGCCUCACCUUCACUGACCUGCCUUUGUGCCUCCAACUGAACAUCAUGCAGAGGCUGAGUGACGGGCGUGACCUGGUCAGCCUCGGCCAGGUGGCCCCCGACCUGCACGUGCUCAGCGAGGACCGGCUGCUUUGGAAGAAGCUCUGCCAAUACCAUUUCUCCGAGCGGCAGAUCCGCAAGCGAUUAAUUUUGUCCGACAAAGGACAGCUGGAUUGGAAGAAGAUGUAUUUUAAACUUGUGCGAUGUUACCCACGGAAAGAGCAGUAUGGAGACACCCUUCAGCUUUGCAGACACUGUCACAUUCUUUCCUGGAAGGGCACUGAUCACCCAUGCACAGCCAAUAACCCAGAGAGCUGCUCCGUUUCCCUUUCACCCCAGGACUUUAUCAACUUGUUCAAGUUCUGAAUCCCAGCAUGGGACAACACUUCCGAAGGGUUCCCCAGCUGAUCAGAUGGUUGUGAAUACAGAGCUUGGACAGUUCAUUUGUAAAUAGUGUACAUUUGAAACGUUGGCUCAAAACUUCUGAGCUAAGUCACUGAGAGGACAUUGGAAGGGGAGAGAUGCAGUUGCCGGCGGGGAGUUGAAGAAUACGGACUUCUCGUUAGAACUGGUAUGGAAAAACGGAAAUACUGUAAAUAAACUUUUUUCUAACUAUUUGCCGGCAAGACUGUAAGGGCAGGAAUUCAGUUUCAUCGGUGAAAAUGGAAUUCUCCUCAUGUUCACUGAGACGCCUUGGUAGUUCCCUAGGGAUGUGGAAGAAAAGGGCAGAACUCGAAUACAAGAUAGAACACUCUGUUUACAAUGUGAAAAUUUGCUUAAAGAAAGAGAAGACGACAACAUAA